AAGUGAAGAGGGUUUUAGUAAUCAUGUAAGGGGGAAACCCAGUAGAAUAGAUCAUAUUAUACAUUGCGCCACACGGGUUUGGGUAUCAAACUGGAGAACCCUACAAAUCCAACUCUCACACUCGCUCUCCCUCUGCCUCCAUAGCUUCGCGAUAACGCUCUCACAGCUACAGUCAUGGCUGAUGUCAUGGUCAUGAAAGAGAUCGAAGACACCGCGUUGCGUCUCGGCAUCGAUCUUUCCACUCUCGACCUCGACGCCAUUCGUCUUCCCCCAGGCGAAAAUUGCGGCAUCAUCAGCGAUGAUGAGGAUAUUUAUGAAGAGGAUAACCUCGAGUUUGAGUCUGGAUUCGGCAACAUCAUAGUCGUGGAUAAUCUCCCUGUUGUUCCGAGGGAGAAGUUUGAGAAGCUUGAAGGCGUGGUUCGCAAAAUUUAUAGUCAGAUUGGUGUUAUCAAAGACGAUGGUCUCUGGAUGCCUGUUGAUACUGAAACUGAUAAGACCUUAGGUUACUGCUUCAUCGAGUACAAUACUCCUCAGGAAGCUGAGCUUGCUAAAGAGAAGACUCAUGGGUACAAAUUGGACCGUGCGCACAUAUUUUCCGUGAGCAUGUUCGAUGACUUUGACAGGUUUAUGAAAGUUCCAGAUGAGUGGGCUCCUCCUGAAUCUAAGCCAUAUGUGGCUGGGGAAAAUCUUCAACACUGGCUCACAGAUUCAAAGGCCAGAGACCAGUUUGUGAUUCGUGCUGGUUCAGAUACUGAAGUGUUGUGGAAUGAUGCAAGACACUUAAAGCCUGAUCCUGUUUAUAAGCGUGCAUUUUGGACAGAGAGUUUUGUGCAAUGGUCCCCUCUGGGGACAUACUUGGCAACGGUUCACAGGCAGGGGGCAGCUGUCUGGGGUGGUGCUACGACCUUCAACCGUCUCAUGCGUUAUGCUCAUCCUCAGGUGAAACUUAUUGAUUUUUCACCUGGUGAGAAGUAUCUGGUAACUUAUAGCAGCCAUGAACCAAGCAAUCCUAGAGAUGCCAAUAGGGUUGUGAUAAAUAUAUUUGAUGUGAGGACUGGUAAAGUUAUGAGGGAUUUUAAAGGAAGUGCUGAUGACUUUGCAAUUGGAGGUGCUGGUGGUGUUACUGGGGUGUCAUGGCCUGUUUUCAAAUGGAGUGGCGGAAAGGAUGAUAAAUAUUUCGCAAGGAUGGGGAAAAAUAUACUCUCUGUGUAUGAGACAGAGAGCUUUUCUCUUGUUGACAAAAAGUCCUUGAAGGUUGAAAAUAUAAUGGAUUUCAGCUGGUCUCCAACUGAUCCAAUUAUUGCUCUCUUUGUUCCUGAGAUGGGAGGUGGUAACCAGCCUGCUAGGGUAAGUCUGGUUCAAAUCCCUAACAAAGAGGAACUCAGGCAGAAGAACCUUUUCAGUGUCAGUGACUGCAAGAUGUACUGGCAAAGCAAUGGAGAUUACCUUGCUGUUAAUGUAGACCGAUAUACUAAAACUAAAAAAAGCACAUACACAGGCUUUGAGCUUUUCCGUAUAAAAGAACGCGAUAUACCCAUUGAAGUUCUGGAGCUUGAGAAUAAGAAUGAUAAGAUCAUUGCAUUUGCUUGGGAGCCUAAAGGCCACAGGUUUGUUGUUAUUCAUGGUGAUAACCCUAAGCCUGAUGUUAGCAUUUUCUCCAUGCGGACUGCUCAGAACACUGGCCGGGUUUCAAAACUCGCUACUUUGAAAGGCAAGCAGGCAAAUGCUCUGUUCUGGUCACCUGCUGGUCGCUACAUUGUACUGGCUGGAUUGAAAGGCUUCAAUGGACAGUUGGAAUUUUAUAAUGUCGAUGAACUUGAAACAAUGGCUACUGCUGAACAUUUUAUGGCCACAGAUAUUGAAUGGGAUCCAACUGGAAGGUAUGUUGCAACUUCCGUAACCUCAGUUCAUGAAAUGGAAAAUGGUUUCAAUAUAUGGUCUUUUAAUGGCAAGCAUCUGUAUCGGAUAUUGAAGGAUCACUUCUUUCAGUUCUUAUGGCGACCAAGGCCUCCAUCUUUCUUGACUCUCGAGAAAGAGGAAGAGAUUGCCAAGAACUUGAAGAAGUAUAGCAAGAAAUAUGAGGCAGAAGAUCAAGAUGUUUCAUUGCUGCUGAGUGAGCAAGAGCGUGAGAAGCGUAGGAUGCUGAAAGAAGAGUGGGACAAGUGGGUCAAUGAAUGGAAGCGGAUGCACGAAGAGGAGGGUUUACAUAGGCAAAAGCUUAGGGACGGAGAGGCUAGUGACGAAGAAGAGGAAUACGAAGCAAAGGACAUAGAAGUUGAAGAAGUGAUCGAUGUAUCAGAAGAGGUUCUUCACUUUGAGUAUGGUCAAGAGUGAUUUAUAAUUUAUAGCUGGACUUAGGAUUCAAGCAUUUCAUUCACUUGUGGAGGUUUAGUUUGGACAACCUACUUGAAUUUCAUCUUUGCAAAACCCAAUUUUGUAGUUCUUUUUUAUUUUCUAGUGGAAGGAAUUGCUUUCUCUGUUAAAUUUAACACGAAAGACAAUUUUGCUACCCCCUUAAGGCAAAAGUCAUCAUCCCUCCCGGGUUCUGCACUGACAAAAUGCGUGAAGAAAUUUGUCAAGUUACAUUUUUAUUGUUUUAUUACAUAUUAUACGUUAUGGAUAAUCCGUUGCUAAUAUAUUUAGCAGCCUUAAAAGUUGUAUUUCCUAGGCAUGUAGCAAGUCAAAAUUCUUGGAGAAAAUGUAAUUUCUUUAGUGCUGAAUGCGUGAAUUUACGUGAAAUUAAAACUAAAUAAUACAUUUUUAAUUUGU